ACUCUUCUUCAUCUCGCCACUCACCCGCAGCAGGCAGCCUGUGCUCCGUCUGGAGACUGUAGCGGCGCCAAGUUGCGCUCUUUCGCACACAAUGUAUCCGAGCCGGGAGUAAAACCCCCGGAGCCUCUCUCGUGCGGAAGGAAAGUCGACACCCCGCCGUCCGGAACCGGUGAACCCACGAAUUGAGCACUUUGUUUUCAGAUCCCAGAGGAAGAGUAGGAGGCUGCGCAGCGAAGACAUGAGCCUGGUGGAGGUGAGGCAUGUGGAGGGGUCCCUCACCCUGUCCCUGUCCAACAACGACCCCAAGGAGCGCUAUUUCGACCAUGUGGACGGCAGUGACCCAGAGUACCUCCGCAGCAAGAACAUGUCGCCGGACCUGAGGCAGGACUUCAACAUGAUGGGGCAGAAGAAGAGGGUCACCCAGAUCUUGCAGAGUCCAGUGUUUAAAGAUGAGUUGGAAGGUCUGAUUCAGGAUCAGAUGACGAAGGGCAACAACCCUACAGGUCUUCUGGCUCUGAGACAGAUUGCUGACCUGGUCAUGGCCAGCACCCUGGGAGGGGCUGGACCUCUGACUUCGCCCAUCAGCAUUGGGAUGGUGACUCCAGUCAAUGACUUGUUUGGCAUGGAGUCUCCCUCCUUUGCCAAAGGGGAGAAACAGAGUCGCUGCAGGCUGGCCAGCCUCUACAGGCUUGUUGACCUCUUCACUUGGGCUCGUUUUACAACCUCCUACAAUACUGUGCGUGUGAGUAAAGAGCAGGACCAUGUUCUUAUCAGUCCACGAGGUCUGUCUUUCGCUGAGGUGACGGCAGCAAAUUUGGUGAAAGUCAACAUAAUUGGUGAGGUGGUGGACCAGGGUUCUACUGAUCUGGGCAUCGACCACUUUGGGUUUGCUCCUCAUGCUGCCAUUUACUCAAUGCGCCCUGACGUGAGAUGUAUCAUCCAUAUACAUACCCCCGCUACAGCUGCUGUGUCCUCAAUGAAAUGUGGAAUCCUGCCCAUUUCCCAGGAGGCUUUGCUUCUGGGAGAUGUGAGCUGCUUUGGUUACCAUGGCAGCCUGGAUAAUAAAGAGGAGAAGGUGGAGUUUCAGAAAGCUCUGGGCCCAACUGCCAAGGUGAUGAUCCUCAGGAACCACGGGCUGCUCGCUUUGGGAGAAACCGUAGAAGAGGCUUUUCACUACGUGUACCACUCGCAGCAAGCGUGUGAAAUCCAGGUGAAUGCUUUGGGGUGUUCAGGCAGUGUGGACAACCUCGUGCUCCUGGACAGAGAGAAGUUUAAACCCCUGACCCAGCGAGUGGCCGCUGCCGGGUUGGUGAUGGACAACGAGGUCAAGUGGAAAGUGGGCGAGGCCGAGCUCGAGUCCCUCAUGAGGAUGCUGGACAACCUGGGAUACAGAACAGGCUACUCCUAUAGGAACCCCAUUGUCCGUGAAAAACCCCGCUCUAAGAACGACGUGGAGAUCCCUGCCACGGUGUCAGCUGUGUCGCCGGAGGACAGUGAGCUGGGUCUGCGAAGCCCCUUCAAGUUCAUGGCGCAGAAACAGCAACGAGAAAGGACUCGGUGGCUCAACUCGCCCAACAGCUACUUGAGGGUCAAUGUUCCUGAACAUUCACCGAGCGGGGAUGUCAGCCCCAGGACCAAGACCAUGUGGAUGAAGUCGUCAGAGCCCGGCAAUAACAUCGGCACAUCAAUAAAGAUCGAGGACCCCAACCAGUUUGUCCCACUCAACACUGAUCCCACAGAGGUUUUGGAUAAGAGGAACAGGAUAAAAGAACAGCACAGAGGUGACCUGAUGACCUCCGGACCAAAAUCUCAGUUACUAUCAGGCAUUGUUGUGGACACCAUAAAAGGCCCAGCUUUCAUCGUCGAGGACGUGGAGCAGACUCGCUCUCUUCCGCCCAACCCUUUCAAUGAGCUCACGGAGAGAGUGCUGGAGGAAUACAAGAGCCUGGUAGAAAGAAAGCAGCAAGGCCAAGAAGAAGACGAUGAUGCCACUGACGCGGAGGAGAUGACAACAUUUGAUGGCUCGACUAUCUCCCUCUCGCUCUCUCCCAUGAUGACGCCAGCUAAACAAGACCCAAUACCCAAUGGGAAAGACCACUUGGAAGAGACGGACGAGGAUCUGAGCAUCGAGGUAUCCAAGCUGAGCUUGAGCACUUCAGAAACAGUCGAAAUCUCCAUCACAUCAAAUGAGAAGACGGAGGAGGCUCAGACCAAGUCCCCCAAGAAAAAGAAAAACAAGUUCCGCACACCUUCAUUCUUGAAAAAAAGCAAGAAACGGAAGGACGAGAAAGAAAAAGCAGAGGCCUGAGGUCAUUUACUCUAAAAACAAUUAGUGUUUGGCUCGGGAAACAUCUGGAUUGCCUUCUUAGUUUCAAUCUUGUGAAAUGUAAAAAAAGACGAUUGUUUAGUCAGAAGGUCUCCCAGGACCGGGUUGUCUUUAAAGCCUUCCGUCAUUCACAGCUAUUUAAUGUGAAAGUUUUUCCAAGAGGUGCCAGCAAAUGGUAAUAUGAAAGUUUUUUCCCCAUGAGAACCUGUAAUUAACCACUCCCAAAGGGCUCAGUAAAGACUAAUCAAAUGUGAACUGAAACUGCUAAUCUGUGGUUAUUACCCAUAUUUUAAUGGGAUUUAAAAUCAGCGGUUAUGAAAACAUCAGAUUGACAGUUAGGUUCUUGUGAUUUUUUUUCUCCCCUUUUGCACAAGUUCAUUGUUGAAUGUAUACUGAAAGCUAAGAAAAUUGUUUUUAUAAUUCUUACAUUUUACAAUCACACUAGUUGUGUGUAACAGUGACUGAACAUACUAAGAUUAUACAACGUUCAGCCUUAUAAGAAGUACGAACAUAUUCAUAGUACUAAUACUAAUACUGCCUUGUAAUAAUAUAUGUUGGUUUAUAUUUUAGGUAUUACAAUAUAGUGUUUGAUAGUUAAAUACAUGAUUUGAUAGUCUACAUAUUUACUUACUAAAACUCUUAUACUAAACAUGCUGUGAUGGAUAAUUAUUAUUAUUUUUUUAAAAUACAUUUUUGUCAGUGGUAUUGUUCCCAUGCUUGCUGCUUUAUUGUUAUUGUGACAAGGAAUUGACUGUGACUAACAGAAAGAGCCCUGCAAAGUGAUGAUUAUUGCAUAUUGAGGUUUAUGAAUGGCAAAGUUUGACAGAAACUCACUGCUUGUUUGGACAAUGAAAGUGAAUUGCCGGAAUCACAGACAGUUGAAAGCGAUCGAUGUUACGACUCAUUUUGUCAGUUGAUGGCAAUAUGCUGUGGAAAGCCACCGUUAGAGUUUGAUAUAAAGUAUAUUAGAGGACCAUCUAUAUAUAUUAACAUCCCAGUCAAUAAUGUGAAUGAUUGGUUUUGACCCAGAUGGAGGGAACUCUUUGCCUUUGUAAAUAAUUUGUUUUUGUGAAGUUCUUUUGUUACGCUGAACCAAAUGUUAAACAAUGAAACAUAGAAAUGUGACAGUACAAUCUAAUAACUGUAUUUUAACACCUAUAUUAUCCUUUUAAUUCCACUAGAUUAAGCUCCAUUUAGUGAACAUGCACAGCGCAUAGUGUCCACAGGUUGUAUCGCCCUGCAUUGUUUACAUUGCUAUUUGUGCUCAAAAUCAGUCUUUUGAAAAUUGCCUUCCGCCUGAUGUAAUAAAAGCUUGAAUAUGUUUCUUUAACUGUUUUAUUGCUCCCUUGCUUAUUGACUAUGAUGUAUGUGGCGUUACCAUUCCUUAUUUUAUACUCAAAUACAGUUGUGUAGAGUUUUCUUUUUUUAUGUUGUUGGGUACUUUUCAGUC